CGGGUCGAUGCCCUACCGCCAGAGGUACACAAAUUCUCGGCAGGCACCCGCGCGGCCCCCAAAAGAAGCCCCAAAGAAAGGACCCCUGCGCUCGCCGUCCGAGUGGCACCAUGGCGGCCACCGUCAGCGACUAUAACGCCGUACAGGAGAAGUUACAUCCAAGAAAUCUUAUCCCAGAGCUUUGUAGACUGUUUUAUGGUUUAGGCUGGGUAACAGGAACUGGUGGAGGAAUCAGCUUGAAGCAUGGGAAUGAAAUCUACAUCGCUCCUUCAGGAGUCCAAAAGGAAAGAAUGGAGCCAGAAGAUAUGUUUGUUUGUGACAUGAAUGGACUGGACAUCAGUGGUCCUCCACCGCACAAGAAAUUAAAGAAAAGUCAGUGCACACCUCUUUUUAUGAAUGCCUACACUAUGAGAGGGGCAGGCGCAGUGAUCCAUACUCAUUCCAAGGCUGCUGUUAUGGCUACCCUUCUUUACCCAGGGAGUGAGUUCAGUAUUACCCAUCAGGAGAUGAUAAAAGGAAUCCAGAAGUGCACUUCAGGAGGCUAUUACCGAUAUGAUGAUACACUAGUGGUUCCAAUUAUUGAGAAUACACCAGAAGAGAAGGAUCUCAAGGAAAGAAUGGCACGUGCAGUGGAAAAAUACCCAGACUCUUGUGCUGUAUUGGUCAGACGUCACGGAGUUUACGUAUGGGGAGAAACAUGGGAAAAAGCCAAAACAAUGUGUGAGUGUUACGAUUACUUGUUCGAUAUUGCAGUGCAAAUGAAGCAGCAUGGGCUAGAUCCUUCAAAACAUCCAGCAGGAGAAAACGGGAUCUUGUAAAUGACAACAGCAUUUAUAUUCAGGUGUGAAUUUAUCUGUAGAGAUGAUCUGUUUGGAGGGAGAGACCGCAGAUGACACCAUCACUUCAGUCUGCUUUCCCAUUCAGAAAACUUCAGUAUUCCACAUCUCCCCCGCUCCGCUCCAUUACCAUUGUAAUUAUAUCUAUGCCUGAAAUAAUGCUCCUUUACCACACAAUGCAACAAAAAGAUAUGUAUUAUAGUUAAGUAUGUCCUGUGCAUAUUUUAGCACAUAUGUACAGCAUGGAAUGCAACUGCUUUUUAAAACUAAAUUGUAUCAAGAAUUACCAGAAAAAGCCAAUGGAGAAAAAAAAGACCCCAGCCUAGUAAGCUAAUCUAUACAGAGAUGUCUGAACACCCACUUUUGUUCUUCAGCUUGCAGAAUCAGGUUUGAUUUCAGUCCAUCUCAGUGAUGUUACUUAUAUGGUGGGUUGGUUUUGGUUUUUUCCUUCAGCAGAAAUGGCUGGUUGCAAUUUGAUUGUUUCAAUGAUUAGUGUCACCUGUUUACCAUAACUUUCUGUUUUCUAAUGUAGCAAUGAUCAGUACUUGAAAGUUUUCAUAACAAAUAUUUUAAAGUAAAGGCACAUAGAUAAUAUGAAACAACUCUUAUGUAACCAAUGUACAGCUCGGUAUGGCAAAACACAGUGCAAGCAUAAUGUUUCAGAGUCUGGGACACUUCUUCCUGUAAAUCUAUGCAAGUUUUAAGAUACUAAUACUGAGAUUAUAAAUUUUUGCUUGGCCAAAGUGGUGGUCUAGUUAAACAGAAUAAGCUAACUUGUUGCCCAGAGUUGGCCCAUCUGAUAAUCUUCUCCACCCACCACGUUUGCAUCAGAAGAGAUGACAAAUGGCUGCUCAGGCAGCAUGAGCCCAGAACAGACAGGUACUUGGAUCAUUAGCCUUUAUGCCCACACUAGAGGAUGAAGCAGUGGGACAGGAGGCUUGCUGUCGAGGGAGUCGCUGCAUGAACAGGUAUUUGGAGUGCUGCCACUGCAUAGAGUGAUGAAGGCACGCUGGCUACCAUACCUCUACAGAGCUACCUCACGGCCUGCAAGAACCAUUCCUAAAAUUGCUCCUCAGCCCCUACAGUUGAAUAGGUUGGGCUAACGUAGUCACAUUAAUAUUCCUUUGCCUAUUUCUUAUGAAUUAAAUACCUAAUUUUAGAAUAUCUUCAUUUUUAUCCUGUGAUUCUAUUUCAUGCUCUAAAAACCAGAAGGGGGUGCUGUUAUACUUGGCUAUUUGACAGAUGUUAGCAGUCACUUUUGACUGUUUAAACACAUCCAAGAAUAAAAGGAGAGUUAAAACAGGAAAAAAAAACCACCCCAAAAUGCUGAACAAUCAUUGCUAUUUAUGAAUCCUGUCAAAUGCUACAGUAGGAGGAAUGAAAACUCACAUGCAAAAAAAUUUUUGAAAAAAAGCUAUGGAGAACUAAUGUGACAUUUUGUUUGCAUUCUUUAAAAAUUCAUAUUUCAACAACCUACACUUGUUGAUCCUGCUCUACUACUACAUCGUUUAACUUGUUCUAGGUUUCCAUUUCUGAAAGUUAUAGUAGCCUUUAUUCUUGGGGGAAAAAGUGAGGACGGCCCCUCAAUUAGAAGUUAGGUGUAAAAUUUUAAAGCAUUGUUUGAACUGUUGAUUCAUUCAUGCUGUGUUAAUAGGGUUUGGGUUUUUUUAAUUAAGCCUGUAGCAUAUGUAUUUUUAAAUUGUCUUAAUUGUCAUUAUAAUGAGUAGGAAGCACAUAAUUUUAUAGCGUCCAUUUGCAAGUUGUUACUGAGAGACUGCUCCGGAUUUCAGUAAGAUGUUGUUUAUUACAAGUUGAAAACAGCUUUUUAUGACCUAUGAUUAGUCAGUUUAAGGUAGAUUUAUUUAAACUGCUCAUUAAAAUAUAGUCUUACA